UUGCCGCACAUUCCCUACACAAAGAAAAUAAAGAAAAAAAUAAAAGGAAAAAAACUUAAAACUCUAACAAAUGGAUAAUAAAAUUAAAUUUUGCAAGAAUUAAAGAAACCUAGUUUAAAAACAAUUUAAUGUUUUGUAUGAAAUUAAGAACUGCCAGACCCAGACUGAAGAAAAUUAAUUUGUUUUCAAAACUAAGAUUUUUUGUAUUUAUUUGCAAUAUUGCCACCCAAUUAAAGUUAACUUAAACUAGCUUAAGCAACUUUGCGUAUACAUAUGUACAUACAAUAAAAAUAAAGUGAGACAAAAUAUAAUGUACUUAAUGAAAAUAUUUGUAAUGUUUGUCAUAUACAUAUUUUGAUUAUACAAGUGCCAAAUUGGUGACAUAUUCCGUACGGUGAUUACGUACGGUUUUAUUUAUAGUAUACACAGAAAAUAAACCAAAACUAAAAUGGAACAAGAGUCCGUUUUUGUUGUUAAUUUAAUUGCGAAUGUUGAAAAAAAGAAAUGCCUCUACGACAAAAGUGAUCCAUUUUAUUUCAAUAGGAAUAUCAAGGAAAAGUCAUGGAAUGAAAUAGGAGAAAAAUGCAGCAAAAGUGGAGAAGACUGCAAACACAAAUGGAAAUUGCUCCGAGAACGUUUUUGUAAAGAGCUGAAAAAGAUGGAAAAUUCAUCAGGUAGUGAAAUGUCCAAAGCAGAAUGGAAAUUUAUGCAGCCCAUGUUAUUUUUAAAGGAUUUUCUCGCACCGCGCCGCACUUAUUAUAACGUUAAGCAUGAGGAUAUAGAGACGGGCUUUGAACAAGCUACUUGCAGUGAAGACAGCUUGCUGGAACCUCUAAUGAGCUUUCCAACCCCACCAAAGAAAUCUAUGCACACUCCGGAUAGCCUCUGCCAAAAAUUUGGUGAGACUUUAGAGAAUAUUGAAAGAAGCUUAGCUGUUUCGAUUGAGCAAAAGAAUGAGACAACAGAUGAAUCCUUCAUGAAAACAGUGCUAUGUUUGAUGAGGGACUUGCCACUAGAUAAAAAGGACGAGUUUCAAGCGGGCGUAAUGCAGGAGCUAUAUCGUUUACGCAAAAAUUGUAGAAAAGUUAAAAAGAAGAAAUCAAGUAUUUUAACCCAGCUAAUAGUAGCAUUUACAAUCAUGCUGGAUCGGAACGCUUGCGUAAAUAUUGCUAUAUUUUAUAAAAACAAUUAAAAUUUAUUGAAAUUUUUUUAAAUAAACACUAUUUACUAAAACGUAUGUUUUAUGCAAAUUUUUGAACACAAUGAGGUUAAUUAUCUAGACAAUAUUGUCAAAUUUUUUUUUAAAUGUUGAG